GAAUCGCCGAUGAACCAUACGUGGGAGUUCGUCGUUGUCGGGGGGGGUCCGGCGGGCUGUGCCCUUGCUUCGACGCUCGCUCGCUCCGCUAAACACCCACGAGUCCUGCUGCUGGAAGCCGGCCCACGGAAUGAGGAUAUUUCUCUCCGCGUGGAUGGUCAGCGAUGGUCGACGUUUCUCCAAGGAGAUCUGAACUGGGGUUACAAAACCACGCCCCAGGAACACUGCAAUGGACGACAGAUCGAUUACUCGCGCGGCAAGGUGCUCGGAGGCAGUAGUGCAAUCAAUUUUGGCGUCUACACAGUGGGCGCCCGUGACGAUUAUGAUCAGUGGGCCGCCCUUGUCGGAGACGAGGCCUUUGGCUGGGAUCGGAUGAGGAGGAGAUUCUGCGGCCUCGAGACCUUUGAUGGCGCUAUCGUUGACCCGAAAAAUGUCAAAUACGCGUCUCCCCAAGCCUUGAAUCACGGAUCUACUGGUGGUUUGCGGGUGGGCUUUGCUCGUGAGUGGGAGCAGGAUCUCCCGCUCAUGCUGGACGUGUUCGAGCAGGCGGGCCUGGCUCGAAACCCGGACCACAACUCGGGCGACCCGAUCGGCAUGGGCUUGAUCAUUAACUCAUCUCACAACGGUCGUAGAGUGACCGCGACGGAUCUUCUCGAGGGUGUACCGGACAAUUUGACGAUCAUCACGGAAGCGCCCGUGCAGCGGGUGAUUUUGGAGGGGACCAAGGCUGUAGGUGUGGAGUCAAACGGAAGACAGUAUUUGGCCUCCUGCGAAGUGAUUCUGACCGCAGGCUCAUUGGACACGCCGCGCAUCCUGAUGCAUUCAGGUCUCGGGCCUGCCGACCAACUUCAGCAGUUCCAGAUCCCCGUCCGUCAGGAUAUCCCUGCCCUGGGCAAGGGUCUGCGGGAUCAUUUCUUCGCCCCGUUGUGCUUCAAACGCGAUCCCGCAACCAACGACCGCAAUGCAUUCUUCAACGAUCAAGCCGCCAUGAAGACCGCCAUGGCGCAAUGGAACAAGGAUGGUACGGGGCCUUGGGCGCGGCAUUCGUGCCAGAUCGCCGCCGGCUGGCUCAAGUCCAACCGGCUGGUGCGGACGGCAGAAUUCCAGGCUCUUCCCACCGACGUGCAAGACUUCCUGCAACGCAAGACGGUCCCGCACUACGAGUUCCUCACGCAUUUUCCCCUGCAUCUCGUGGCGCCGGAAUGGCCGCCGGAUUACAGCUACAUCUGCAUGCUGGUGUUCCUGAUGAACGAGCAAUCCAGCGGCGAGGUGCGACUGCAGUCAUCCAACCCCAACGUUCCGUUGUUGUUCGAUCCUAAGUUCUUGUCGCAUGACUUCGACCGCCGCGCCUGCAUCGAGAUUUUCCGCGAUGCGCUGGAGGUGACCCGCCACCCAUCCUUCCAGAAGGAUGUGGUCGAGACGGUGAUCGCGCCGGCGUCGGACUCGGACGCGGAUAUCCUGGAGCACUGGAAGAACACGCUGGGGUCGAGCUGGCACAUGACGGGGACGGCUAAGAUGGGUCGCCCGGGGGAGGCCGACGCUGUAGUGGACAGCCACUUCCGGAUGCUGGGGGUGGAGAACCUGCGCAUCGCGGACAUGAGUGUGGUGCCGGUGUUGACGAACAACCAUACGCAGGCGACCGCGUACGUGACGGGCGCCACGUGCGGCGAGGUAUUGGUAGGGGAGUAUGACUUGGACCGGGAGGUGGCACGGCUAUAGUGGAAGGUAUAUUAGCUUUGAAGUGGUUAGUCCAUAGUAUUUGCAACGAAUGCAUACUCCGAAUACUCGGAGC